UUGACGCUGAUUGGUCGGCGAAUUUGUGUUUAUUCUCUUCAUAAAUGCGGUGUAUUACGUGGUGUUCAAGAACUACAAUAAAAAUAAUCUGAUAAUAAAUGAAAUACAGCCUAAGUAAACACCAAUUUGAGUUAAGACUGUGGUGCUGAAGCUAGUGUUGUAAGAGUGCUGUGUAAAACUACUUCCGGAUUUUGAGGUUAGGACAAUAUAUGAUCACAAAAUGCUUAGAAGUCUCGUUCCGGCAGUAAUCACGUUAUUGUUGAUAUUUUCGGCGGUAAAAUGUGACGAAGUGGACGAUUCUGACGAGGCUACUGUGGAAGUAGAACCGGAAGAAUCACACAUUGAUAUCCCCUACGAAAGUCCGAGCCCCCUUGACCCGAAAAAGGUCUAUUUCGCCGAGCAUUUCGACGAUCCAGACCAGUUUGCGAAACGUUGGAUAAAAUCCCAAGCGAAGAAAGAAGGGAUUUCCGAAGACAUCGCAAAAUACGACGGUGAAUGGCAACUUGAACCAACCCAAAAAGACAGUCUAGUGGGCGACAAAGGUUUAGUGCUUAAAUCAAAGGCUAAACACGCUGCUAUUGCCUCCUCUCUCCUAAAACCGUUUAUUUUUGAUACUAAACCAUUAAUCGUGCAAUAUGAAGUAAUAUUCCAAGACGGCCAAGAAUGUGGCGGAGCCUACUUGAAGCUGCUCACCCAGGACUCCGCCAGUAAAAACUUGAACAACUUCCACGAUAAAACCCCCUACUCGAUCAUGUUCGGCCCCGACAAGUGCGGUAACGACCACAAGCUCCACUUUAUCUUCAAGCACCGCAACCCUCUCAACGGGAGCGUCGAGGAAAAGCAUUGCAAAAAACCCAAAGACCGCAUUGAGGAAGUCUUCUCCGACAAACUCCCCCACUUGUUCACCCUUGUCCUGCACCCUGACAACACCUUCGAGAUCCUAAUCGACAACAAAGUGGUCAAUUCGGGAAGUUUGCUUGAGGAUUUCACCCCGGCAGUGAAUCCUCCGAAAGAAAUUGACGAUCCUAAUGACAAGAAACCUGAGGAUUGGGAUGAAAGGGAGAAAAUCCCUGACCCAGAUGCCGUGAAACCUGACGAUUGGGAUGAGGAUGCGCCGGCUCAGAUUGUUGAUGAAUCAGCGGUGAAACCGGAAGGUUGGCUGGAUAAUGAACCGUCGCAUGUUUUCGAUCCUGAUGCAAAGAAACCAGAAGAUUGGGAUUCGGAAAUGGACGGGGAGUGGGAACCACCGCUUAUUGAUAAUCCCGCUUGUAAGGAUGCUGUCGGGUGUGGGCCUUGGGAGCCCCCACUUAUCAAUAAUCCCGAUUAUAAGGGGAAGUGGAGGGCGCCGCUUAUCGAUAAUCCUAAUUAUAAGGGGAAGUGGAGGCCCAGGAGGAUCCCCAAUCCCGAGUUCUUCGAAGAUAAGCAUCCCUUUAAAAUGCAGACUGUUACCGCUGUUGGAUUUGAGUUAUGGUCAAUGUCAAAGGACAUUUUCUUCGACAAUAUUAUUAUUACCGACGAUAUUACCGUUGCGAACCAUUGGGCAGACGCCACUUUUGAAAAAAAGAAGCAAAAGAUCGCCAAGGAUUCGGAAAGCGUAAUUCAAAAAUUAGCUACCUUGACCAAUGAUUACCCUUGGCUUUGGGGAGUAUACAUUAUCGUACUAGGCAUCCCUGUUGUUUUUGUAUUAUACCUUUGCUGCAAGCCUGGAUCCUCUGCUAGUCAAAUUCAGGAGAAAGAGGAGCUUCGACAAGCAGCGCAACAUAAAAAGACUGACGAAACGACUGAAGAUGUUGUAGAAGAAGAAGGUAAAGAAGAAGAAGAAGAUGAAGUAGAAGCUGAAAAUGCAGAAGACGACGAUAGAGAAAAGAAUUCAGGGCCUGAUUCCGACGAAGAAGAGGAAUCAGAGGAAAAAACAGAGGAACAGUCAUCCAAAGGUGCAGGUGACGGCGCGAGGAAACGAAAAGUUCGUAAGGAGUGAUAGUAAUUUUUGUAUAACUUGCACCAGCACUGUUUUCAUCAUGCAAUCCUGCAGUUGUAUUUAUUUACGAUUGUUUGUUUUUUUGCUGUACAUUAUUCGUUCCAUUUUUCCUUAGGAAAUUUGUUCUUUUUGAAAGAAUAGUAUAAUUGUAGUUGUUACGUUUUCGAAUAAAGUAUUUGACAGCGGUUCAUUUUACUGUAUUUGUAAAUAAUCAAACGGAGGGCUUAAGGGAAAGGUAUUAAGCCGUUUGUAUAUUUGAGGAUUAUUUAUUACAGAAAAUAAAAAACAUGGAACUAUUUUUUGGUAAUUUGUACCAUUUCACCGGCAGCUCUUCAGUUUCCCAGACCAAAUUCGCCCGUACUAGUAUUAUGUCAUUGCAUGAUUUGCAUCAGCGAUUUUUCUAUAUUAUAUUUAUAAUGUCCUGUGAUUAUGUAAUAGUUCAGAGGAAAAUAAAUUACUUAAGUUUAUUGUGUGUGGAACUAAAGCUACAAUAAAUAAACUUAAAAAUAA